AAAAGGAAUUUAGUGUUUUUAGGAUUGCCAAAAGAUAAAAUAUGUUCACUGGUUCCUAUUUUAUAUGAAAGUUGAACCUGAUUUUCAAGUGUAUGUGUACAGAAAUAAGUAACCGGUAGUCACUGACCGAAACAGAGGAUUGUGACGUUUUGUUUUCUUAUGAAAGUUUUCGGAAAUUAGAUAUCUGAUGCCUCGUGAUUUAGAUUAACAGCCCCUUAAAUAAGUUUGGAAAUCACUUAAUAUUCUAUUCUAGGAAACUCAACGAUAUCAGCUACUCGAUAUGUCACCCAGCCAUUCAGCAAUGAAUUUAGGAAAUAAGUUUUGUACUAUUCCUAUUGGCUCCAGCUUUGAUAAUGACAAUUAUAAAUUUGAUUCUCUUGUAAUAGUAUCAUCUGACAUAACAAAACAACAUUUAUCUGAGGGUAGUUAUUUACACAAAUUUCUAGAAGCUCUAAAGUUAAAUAGUCAAUACGAUGCAUGUUUCAAUGAUAGUAUUACUUUCCUCGUACCUGAAGUAGUUAGAUAUGAAAACAUUAAGAAGUUGGUAUAUAGUCCUACAGGUCCUCUCGAUAGACAUUUUGAUGAUGUUCGUCGAUUUGCAAAUGCUGCAGAGAAAGGUGUCAAAAGAGCUCUUCAAGCAGGGUCAAGACGCAUAUUAUUGGCUAUUCUUGAUGAUUAUCCUUUAAGAGAUUCCAGACACGCCUAUGAUUCAUUUGAUGAAGCAUCUCUCUUAGGAGCUACUCAUGCUCUCUAUGUGCCUUUUGAAAUUAGAGAAGAUGUACCGCAAAGGUCUGAAAAAUUUGACAUUUUAGGAUUUACUUCACCUAAACAGGAUUUGGAUUAUAAAUUUACUCUUGGGAUAGAAUUAGGAAGAAUAAUAUGCCGGGAUAUUGGAGGUUCUGAUCCUGAACGAAUGUCAGCCCCUAAUGUUGCCCACUAUGUGCAAAGCUUGUUUUCUAAAGAUACUCCAGUUAAAGUUGAAGUUAUUGAAGAUGAUAGUGUUCUUACUAAAGAAUAUCCUCUUUUGAGUGCUGUAAAUCGUUGUGCUAAGGGUGUUGAGCGACACCGUGCCCGUGUUGUCUUCCUCACUUAUGAAUCCAGUGACGAACCUUCAAAAACGUUAUUCCUUGUCGGAAAGGGUAUUACAUAUGACACCGGUGGCUGUGAUAUUAAAGCAGGUGGUAUAAUGGCUGGUAUGCACAGAGAUAAAUGUGGAGCUGCUGCAGUUGCAGGAUUUUUUCAGGCCCUGGAUAAAAUUAGACCCAAAAAUAUUAAAGUUGUUGGAGCUUUGGCUUUAGUUAGAAACAGUGUAGGAUCAGAUGCUUAUGUGUCUGAUGAAAUCAUAACAUCUCGUGCUGGUCUCAGAGUGAGGGUAGGAAAUACAGAUGCAGAAGGACGUAUGGUAAUGACCGAUGUGCUCUGUCACAUGAAGGAAAAGGCUGUGAAAGCUGUCAAUCCAUAUUUGUUCACUAUUGCAACUUUAACUGGUCAUGCUGUUUUGGCUGUUGGUGAAGCUUAUUCGAUAAUUGCUGAUAAUGGACCUGCUGAGGCUGAAAAUGUUGCUCAUAACAUUCAAAAAGCGGGUCAUAGGAUUGGAGACAUGUUUGAAAUAUCUACUAUUCGACGUGAGGAUUAUGACUUAUGUAAAGGGCCAUCAGAGUAUGAAGAUCUUCUGCAGUGCAAUAAUGCCGCAUCUUCUCGAACUCCAAGAGGUCAUCAAUUCCCUGCUGCCUUUAUGAUAAAGGCAUCUGGUCUUGACAAACAUGAUAUUAAUUCAAGCCAGCCAUUAAAGUACUCUCAUAUAGAUAUUGCUGGAUCUUCAGGACCUUUUCCAGGUGUACCUACUGGUUCUCCUAUAGCUGCUUUGGCAUACAACUUCUUACAAUGAAUAUUUGGUGAUCUUAUAACUUGACUUAUUUUUGAUACUACUUGAUUUCUCAUUCCCAGAUCAAUUGAAAAAAUAAAAUGAUUAAUACCUGAUAA